AUGAGCCACAUCCCAAGAUCCCCUUAUGGCUGGACUGCGACCCAGGACGCCUGCGCCAUCCUGCUCGCCGCGUACCAUCCAUCCCUCGACCUUCUGGGCAUCAGCACCGUCCACGGCAACGCCUCUUUACGGAACACGACGGCCAAUGCCCUCAGCAUCCUCGAGGCGAUUGGGAAGCCGGACUUCCCUGUCUUCCCCGGCUCGGCCCACCCCUUUUGCCGCGUCAUCCACACGGCAUCCGACAUUCACGGCGUCGGCGGGCUCGCCGGCACUGAUCUCCUGCCCAAACCGCCGGCGGUCACCCUGACCAACUGCAAUGCGGUUUGGGAAAUGCGAAAGGCUCUCCGCGCCCAGCCUGAAGGCACGGCAUGGCUGGUCGCCUGCGGGCCGCUGACCAACGUGGCCUUGCUGUUCGCCGUCGACCCGGACCUGUCGAACCACAUCGCCGGCCUGUCCAUUAUGGGCGGCGCCAUCGGAGGCGACUUCAGCCAGGUCACCAUGGGCCCCGCGGGGCAGCCGGACUCGACCACCGGUGCGACUCACGCCCGCAUCGGCAACCGCACCCCCUGGGCCGAGUUCAAUAUCUGGGCAGACCCGGAAUCCGCCCGGGCCGUGUUGCAGAACCCGCUGCUGCAGCCGAAAACGACGCUGAUCCCCCUCGACCUGACGCACCAGGCGUACGCCACGCCCGAGAUCCAAACCCUCCUGCUGCACGGCGACCACGGCCCCACGCGCCUUCGAACCAUGUUCAACGAGCUGCUCAUGUUCUUUGCCCACACCUACGCAGACGUCUUCGGCUUAACUGAAGGCCCGCCUCUGCACGACCCACUCGCCGUCGCCGUUCUAUUAGGCGCCCACCCCGAUCCAAAGACGAGGAUCGCCUUCAACGACAACGGCGGAGAGAGAUGGAACGUCGAUGUUGUCCUGGAAGGUGAGCAGCUGGGGCGGACUGUCGCCGCCAAGGCUCAGGAUGGGAAGGGCGUCACAAUUCCGCGAUCCAUGGACGUGGAUUGGUUCUGGCGGACCUUGGAAUCAUGCAUGGCCCGCGCAGAUGAGGCCACUGGAUACGCCAAAUGA